AUGUUAUUCAAAUCAUUAGUUUCAAUCUCAUCAUCAUCAUCAUCAUCAUCUUCAUCAAAAAAUAGAACUAUUUUAUCAAAUAAUUGUAACAAUAACUCAAUUUAUACAUUAAAUGAAGUAACCAGAAUUUACCAAAGAGAAUUCUUCAGACCAUAA